AUGGCAGGAGUGCACAAGCUGUGGAGCGGGUGCAGCCAGUGCCAGACUUGCGAGUGGAACGCGGCUCUACUCCGCCGCCAGUUGGCUUGCAGCAAGUGCGGCAACACUGUGGAGUUCUACCGCGGCAGGAAGCGUGGAGUUCGCUUCGCGUCGGCCGAGAGUGACGACGAGCAAUUCCACGACGCGACUGGGGACAGCGAGGGCGAGGGCGUGCAGCUCCGCAAGCCUGUGCCCCCUGGCAUCCUCAAGAAGGGUGCUACUGCUGGAGGCAAGGGGGGCAAGGGCAGCAGGCCCACCGCCGAGCCGGCGGGGCACGGCGCCACGCAGAGCACGCGCACGAGGCGGGCGGUCGCCAACGUCGCCCGCCCCCGCGGCAACCUGGCGGCUGCGGAGGCGAAGGAACAGGCCAAGAAGGCCGCGGCCACCGCCCUCGCGAGGGCAGAGGGCGCGCAGGACUGCGGGGCGAGCGCGCCAGGGGAGCGCGAGAGGAAGAUGAGCAACGUGGAGUGGGACGAGGGCUUCUUCUCGAACCUCGACGAGCUCGGGGCCACGGAGGGGGAGAAGGAGGCUCUAGAGGAGCUGAAGGGCCAGAUGCAGCAGGCGAAGUCCCACCUCGAGGGGAAAGAGGCCGAGAUCCAGGCCUGGCUUGCCAAGAUGGCCGAGCACAAGAAGACCAUCUCGGAACGGCUGGCCAAGAAGCGGAAGUCCACCGAGGGCAGCGAGCAGCCUCAGGCCACAGAGGCCCCAGGCGAGGCAACCGGUCCUGCCGCUGGCAGUGGGCCGCCGCCCACCGCUGCUGCUCCUGGGCCUGCGCCCCCUGGGAGCAGCGGCGCGCCUGGGACCAAGGCCGAGGCCGACGGGGCUCGUGAGGUGGCCCUUAAGGCCGAGGCAAAGCGGCUGUCGGAGGCGAAGUUCAAGGCCGCGGAGCUGAGGACCAAGGCGGCUGGCAAGGGGUCUGCAGCGACG